ACAACAUAACCUCGGAAGUCGAUAAAAGCGUGGAGUGUGGAGCGUGGUUGAGCUUGUUUCACAAGAAUCAGACAGACUUCUGGACAAGAAUCCAGACAGGUUUUCUUUCGUCACUUCAUGUAACCUUAUAAGGAGAAAAGUGUUUUAUCCUUACCGCACAAAAGCUAAGAUACUUCGAUUACGUGAAUUAACAAUAUUCAAAGGGGUAUUCAUUAAUAGAAAAAUGUCCGAUCCGCGUCUGCGUACGCUGAAAAUAAAAACCGGUGUCGUAAAGCGUCUCGCCAAGGAAAAAAUUUCGUAUGAAAAAGAAUCGGUCCUUCAACGCGAAAGAGUACAGAAAUACAAGGACCUUGGCAAGGACGGUCACGAUAUCAGAAAGCAGGAAGAAGUAUUGCAGGAAUGUUUGAUGAUGGUACCAGAUUGUCAGCGACGUUUGGCCAAGGCUUUUGAGGAAUUGAAAAAAAUCCUAGAAACAGAGCAAGACCUCAAAGAGACAGAGCCAUAUACUGAAGCUGAGAAAGUGUUGAGCGAAGCUUCGAGUGAAUUGCCCAAAGAACCGGAAUUACUAUUAAUGAGUUAAGGAAGACGGAAAAAGACAAAAUAAUUCCUUAUCUCGUACAUUCGCAUUUACUAAAUUAACACAAACGCAGAUAACACAAAGCAGCACACUUUUUCAAUCACGCUUAAGAUUUUUGUAAAAGUAAACACAAUUUAUUAAUUUUUG